UGUUCGUUCGCUGUUUAACCUGCAGCCUCCGGUUUGCACUUUACUUGGAAGGGCUAAACCGGAAACACAAACGUCCUGUAUUACGUGUAGCUUGACGGAUUGAUAACUUGUCGCUCCCGUGCGUGUGCGCGCUCACAAGGCGCGCAGCAAUUGACGGCCGCUCGCCUGGGGGACCUCGUCGUACGUCGAUUCAAGAUUUGGUGAUUGUUGUUGUUGUUGUUAUUUUGGAGGAAAAUGGCCACAUUGCAAGUUUAGCGAGCGCGGUGCACUUUGCCAAGAUGCCCGCCGCCGCCGCCCGGACGCCAACUCGCCCUUAUGGAAUCUAGUCCAGCUCUCCACGGUGUCCAUGUUGUGCCAGCACCCCACGUGAAGAACAAAGUGUUCGUCUUCUGCAUCAUGCUGUCCCUGUGGGUAUACAUGAUCUACUGCUGCUUGGGCCCCGGCUCGGCCGUGCCCGGGUUCGAAACCGUGGCGGUGGCGGACCCAUCCUCGGCGCGCCCGUCCCGCGACUUGCUCAACAACGACAACGACGCUUUGGACAGCAGAGGGGACGAGUGGGAGGACGCCGACCCGAACGCCGCGUCGUCUUGCCUCAAUGCGUCGGAGACUCAAAAGUUGCCCGGUGCCAUCAUCAUCGGCGUGAAGAAAGGAGGCACGCGCGCCCUGCUGGAGUUCCUGCGGCUGCAUCCGGACGUGCGCGCGGCGGGGGCAGAACCGCACUUCUUCGACCGCAACUACCAAAAGGGCCUGGCCUGGUACAGAGAAUUGAUGCCAAGGUCCUCCGAGGGUCAGCUGACCAUGGAGAAGACGCCCAGCUACUACAUCACCAAGGAGGUUCCCGCUCGUAUCUACACCAUGUCUAAAGACACCAAGCUGAUCGUGGUCGUCCGAGACCCCGUCACUCGAGCCAUCUCGGACUACACGCAGACCCGCUCCAAGAAGCCGGACAUCCCGUCCUUUGAGAGCUUGACCUUUAAGAACACGUCGGCGGGCGUGAUCGACACGGCGUGGAGCGCCGUUCAGAUCGGCAUGUACGCCAAGCACCUGGAGCGUUGGCUCCAGUACUUCCCCAUGGAGCAGCUGCUGUUUGUCAGCGGCGAGCGGCUCAUUAGCGACCCCGCCCGGGAGGUGGCGCGGGUCCAGGACUUUCUCGGGCUCAGGAGGAUGGUCACAGAGAAGCAUUUCCACUUUAACCCAGCAAAGGGCUUCCCUUGCCUAAAGAGACCGGAGGGCAACAGCAAACCUCACUGCCUGGGCAAAACCAAAGGCAGAACCCAUCCUAACAUUGACCCGGAGGUGGUGCAGAGACUACGGGAGUUCUACAAACCCUUUAACAGGAAGUUUUACCACAUGACUGGUCAUGACUUUGGCUGGGACUGAGAGGAAGACCAGACGAGCAAGGCUAGUUCAUUGACUUUUGUGUGUGUGCGUGUGACUUUUGAAAUAGAAUUGUAUCAUCCAGACGGUGUAUUUGCCAGCUAUGUACAGAGUUCAGAAAUCUAUUUUAUGAUAAUUUAUUGCUAUUAUAUGAAAUUCCUCAGCUGUGGAAGCAGGUUUACUCUAGAUCAGGGAUCCUCACACUGUAGUGCGCGCACCCCUGGGGGUGACUGUUUUUACAUAAUUAUAGAUUCCAUUGCACCCCCUCCCCAAGUAAAAAGGUUAAAUACAUUCAUUUCUUUGUUAUUAUUAUUUUUUUUUUUCGUGCGUUUAUUCGGUACCCAAAACGCAGCUUCACUGCUGCCGGUGGUCCCGUCAGAUCCGCCGUCUCGCUCUGGCAUCUAAUUGUGUUUUGACUUUGCUUUUAAACCGGGCUUAGCCGCUUG